AUGCUCUCGGGCGUCAAACUCGUGCCCCGCCACCAGAUUCUGCCGAAAGAAGGCGGAGGCGACGACUCGGGCUCCUCAGACGGCUCCGCCGGGAAGAGGCGCAAGAAGCACGGCAGGAAAGGCAGGGACAGGGAGGAGGAGAAGCGGAGGCGGAGGCACCGGCGGCGGAGGAGCAGGCACAGCUCGGACGACGACUCGGACAGCGACGACUCCGUCGACGACGAGGAGGAGAAGGGGCUGGGCCGGAGCAAGCGCCGGAGGAAGCACAGGCGAGGCCGCAGCGACUUCGACGACGACGACGAGUCCAGCAGCGAAUCUGAUAAAGGAAGAGGUCGUGGCAGAGGGAAGAGAAGAGGUGCUGCAAGUGAUGAUGAGGAUGAAGAUCAGGGGGAGGGAAUGGGAGGCGAGGGGUUAAGGGCGAGCGAGGUUGUUCGCAGGGAGAUGGGCCUCGAUUGGAUGCUCAAGCCGGCCAGCAGCAGUCAGCCUGAGAGCAGCCGUGCUCCCAAGGCUGAUGAUAAUGAGCAGGACAAGUUUGAUCCCGCAGAUGAUGAGGUGAAGAAACCGAACCCCAAAGAGAUGAACCCGUACUUGAGGGACAAUGGUGCUGGAUAUCCCGACGAAUCCACUCCUUCAAGGGAGGCCAGUCAGCUGCUUGCGUCCUCUGUUGUGGGCGACGGAGGGGCUAGCUGGAGGCUCAAAGCUCUGAAGCGUGCAAAAGAGCAAGCUGCUCGUGAAGGUAGAAAUAUCGAGGAGGUUGUUGAAGAGAGAUGGGGCUCACUGGGCCACUUAGCAGCAUCGGUGUCAACGUCCAGAGUUGCCCCUUCUUAUGCUCAUUUGCAGGCCAUUAGAGGUAGAAAAGCUGGACAAGCAGACAACUCCGGGACAUCCUCCAAAGAAAAUAGAAAGGAGGACAACAAGCGAGGUGAAGACAGUGGUGGUAGCCGUGAAUAUUUGCGAGGUGUCUCCUCUCGUGAACAUGCCAUGAGAAAACCCAAAGCUGAUUCUACUCCUUGGAAGAGGAAUAGACAGAAUAUGUCUUCUGAAGAUCAGACGCUUAUCUCCUCAGCACUAGCAAGCAUCAACAAAUUUUCCAAUGACGGAAGCUUCAUGGAAAGGAUUAAUAGCGCUGGUAGUAAUAAGAACACAAAUGUUUCGUCUGGUGAGGUUGAUGAACAAAGGGAUAGUGAGCCCAAGUCCCACAAGGACAGUUCAAAGAAACCAUCUUCAGUGAGCACUCAAAAUCUAAAUGCAAAUCAGUUAGCUGCAAAGAUUUUGCAACUCCGGAUGAAAGGAAAGAACGAAGAAGCUGACCAACUUUCGAGAGAAAUGGAGACUGUGCUGGAAAAUCAGGGUGCUUCUGUUGAAGAGCCUAGGCAUGAAAGGGAAAGGAGCUCAAGCAGGCAUACCAUAAUGCCUAGUGCAGCCGAUCGCAGGAAAAAAGAAGAGGAUGGUGACCUACAUCUCGCAAAUAAAAUUAUGCACAACAAACAAUAUAACAUGGCUAAAACUAUAGAGGAUGAAUAUGAUUAUGGUGAUGCUCCCAAUAGGAAAGGCAAAAGGAAGAAUAAAGAGCCACAUGAGGAGAAGAGAAACAGCCGUGGACAUAUCUUAACUCAGAAAGAGCGCUGCUUGUAUUGCUUCGAGAACCCAUCCAGGCCAAAGCAUCUGGUUGUUGCUAUAGGAAACUUCACAUACUUGAUGCUGCCACAGUUUGAGCCUCUUGUUCCUGGACACUGCGUUAUUCUUCCAUUGCAGCACGAAUCUGCAGUAAGAACCGUUGAUAAGAAUGUAUGGGAGGAGAUUCGCAACUUCAAGAAGUGCCUCCUGAAGAUGUUUGCGCAACAAGACAAGGAUGUGGUUUUCAUGGAGACUGUCAUAAGCUUGGACAAACAACGGAGGCAUUGCAUGAUUGAAUGCAUCCCUGUCCCGUUUGAAGUUUCAAACAAAGCACCCAUGUACUUCAAGAAGGCAAUCGAUGAAGCUGAAGAAGAAUGGUCCCAGCACGAGAUGAAGAAGCUUAUUCCAACAAGUGGCAACCUGCGGCAAGUCAUCCCGGAGAACUUUGCCUACUUCCACGUAGAGUUUGGUCUGGACCGUGGAUUCGUCCAUGUGAUAGACGAUGAGACCAAUUUCAGUGCUGGUUUUGGACUGAAUGUCAUGAGAGGGGUGCUCCGGUUGCCAGGGGAGGACAUGCACCGUCGGCGAAGGCACGAAACCAUGGAUAACCAGAAGCAAGCCGUCGCCAGCUUUAUGAAGGACUGGGAGCCCUUUGACUGGACCAAACAACUGGAGUAGAUGUAGAUACACUCUCAAGAGCAGGUGGAAGAUGCAUUUUUGUAGGGAAGAUUGUACUGCUGUUAUCAUGUAUCUGUAUGUUAUAUGUUAGUUUCUUUUUCGGUUAAUGUCAACUUUUCACAUCAUAUGGCUGUGAAUUUAUAAAGCCUUUUUGGUUCAAAUAUAUCUGAAAUUGCCUGUACACGCAUACCCAGAUGCUACAAUUGAUCCAAGUUAGUGAAAUAAAAUGAUAUAUCUCAUAUCA